UGUUUGUUAUAGCGAAAAGAGUAAAAAAGUAUCCGAAAAGGCAGUGCACAUGGCAUUAAACGAGUAGGGUCUCAUUCCUGUGAAGGGGAAACUAAUAAACCAAAACACCAAAUUACAAACCUGAUGGAUAUACAGAAAGAUUAUAAAGAACAUCACAAUAUGGCUUCUUCGAGUAGUAAAAUUUUUGGAAAUCUUCAAGCUUCUUUAGGAACAUCCUUAAUCGAUCCAAGUCAGUACCCGAGUGAGUUUUUGUGUAACCGUAAAGUUAACUUAUGGCCUCCUUUUUCUGUUGGUUUAACGUCAUCAAGAACAUCCCAAACUGUUACGCAAAAUAUAUUAACAUCUCAGCAUGGUUUCUUUCCCGCACUAUAUUAUAUUCCAACGACCACAUCACAUUUACAAAGCAACUGAAAUGUAUCUGAUAUGCCAAGUACUUUUACGCAAG